CAGUCCUGUCCCAACUAUGUUUGGUGUCGUAGCGCCACCGCCGUGUUCGUCGUGAUCGCUAUCUUUUUUAUCAGAUCACACACUUUUCCCCUCUCUCUUGAUUACGCACGCCGAUAUCAACUCCUCCAGAUUUCGUGGUCCUUGCCGUCUCGCGAUCUCGUCAUCGAUAUCAGUGCGCUGUCGUUGACCCCGUUUGAAUUUCGGACUCAAUUUUUCGUGAAUUUUCCUCCGCGAUCAUGCGUUCCGGUUCGGAUUCCUGUGCGCUCCCGGCGUUUUGAAUUUUCCCGGGAAAGCGGGCAUCGGAUUCAGUGAUAGUUCGUGUGUUUGUGAUCGAAUUCUUGUGAUGAUGGCCUCCAGGAGUGUUUGCCGGUCGAGGAUGUGAGAGGACUCGAUCCCUAUGAUUUUUGUUCUCUUCAAAAAGUUCCUUUUAUUUUUCUUUCGUUUAAGUUUCUAUGAUUUCCUAUUUGUUGAAAUUUUAAAUAUUAUAUCUCAAAGUGACCAAGUCCUAACUGUUCUGUAGUUCUCGGCAGUGUUUGUCAACAUGAAGUGCGCUCUUAAACGGACUUUAUGAGGCGGCUUUAAAUAAAAAGUCACAAUUAUUGUUGGAAUGGACAUGACAAGUGCGGAGCCCAGUACUCAUCGGAGUUGGUACGACACUACCUCCGUGGGUAGGGGCGAGGAUGCCAUCGACAACAUGGCCUCUUCGGUGGUUGAGCACAUGAGUUCCUUGUUCGUAUCGCACCAUGGCGCGGGUCUCGAACCCAGCCCUCGGGAUUACCGUGCUCCCUACCAAAUCUCUCGCUAUUACCACCAGCAAAUGCAUUCACCUUACGCCUCAGCUGCCUCACACGCGGCAGCGAGGCAGGUAUGUCGGCCGCCACCCCACUUCGCGCAUGCGCACCACGGCUCGCUCCACUCGUGGCUGAGCAACGACACGAAACAGCAGCACCACCAGGACUCGAGUUGGUGCUCACCGUUCAACAGCUCGAACGAGUUCCCGAGCAUAAAAUCGCCGACGGGGAACAGCCAAAGUCAUUCGGGGCUCACGAGUAGUCAUUCGGGGAGCGGGGGAGGCGGAGGCGGCGGCGGCGGUGGAGGCGGGAGCGGGGGCGGGGGCACUUCCUCGGCCCCUGCGACGUCCUCCUCGUCGACCUCAUCGACGCACCCCAUGUUCAGCUUCCCCCCGACGCCCCCGAAGGACGCGACGCCGGACAGCGUCACGGCUGCGUCGACGAUCAACACGUCAACUUCCUCGACGUCGAACGAGUACACGAACGCGAUCGCCCACGCUGCCUCGAUGGGCGUCGGUGUCGGUGUAUUCCUUCACCCCGAACAGACUGGCUCAUGUGAUAUGAAACCCAUGCUCAACUCGGGCUCCUCAAAGCAACGAGAAGGUACUAACUCCUCGUCUGGGACCGCCUCUCCCAGUAGCUCUAGUUCCUAUCCGCCUUACCAACUCGAUUCCUAUUCCUAUCCCUACCACCACCACUCACCUGUCCCCAUGUUCAAACAUCAAAACUCAUCUAAUCAGUUAGUUAAAUCGUCGACGGCAACCUCCAGAAACAAGUCUAGAACAAGUGCCGCAGAAGGUCGCGAGUGCGUGAACUGCGGAGCAACGUCAACGCCCCUUUGGCGUCGGGACGGCACCGGACACUACCUCUGUAACGCCUGCGGAUUAUAUUAUAAAAUGAAUGGCCAAAACAGGCCGCUAAUUAAACCUAAAAGAAGACUGUCAUUACAAUCGGCCGCGCGGAGAGCAGGGACUAGUUGUGCAAAUUGUAAAACAACGACAACGACCUUAUGGAGGAGAAAUCAAAAUGGGGAACCUGUAUGCAAUGCGUGUGGCCUUUACUAUAAGCUACAUAAUGUAAGUUGGAUUUCAUGCUUAAUUUGUUAGCUGACAAUGA